GUGCGAAUAAACGUUUCCAGUCCAGAGCUUGGCUAUCCGGCGCAUCCAUGUCGGAUAUUGAGGACAGCGAUGUGGAUGAAUACGAUGAGCUGUCGGAGCUGCGACAAAAACAGCAACAAUUCCAGAAGGCUCCCGACUCCCAGACUUCCGUGGAUGAAGCCUUCGAUUUGGACGACCUGCUGCCCACAAUUGGCGAAUUUGGAAAAUACCAAAAGCUAUUGGUCUUUGGGAUUUGCCUGCCCGCCUGCAUUCCGUGCGGGUUUUGUGCUUUUAAUCAGCUCUUUAUGGCCGAUACUCCGGAUGACUAUUGGUGUCGCGUUCCGGAGCUGCUGGAUCUGCCGCUGGAGCAGCGAAAAACCCUGGCCAUACCCAAGGAAUUGGAAAACGAUGAACUGGUUUACAGCAAGUGUCUCACCUACGGAGUUAAUUGGACCCAAUUACUGGAUUCCGGGGAAGUGGAUGACCUGACCAUGAUGGAGCCCAACAGCAGUUGGCCUUUGGUCAAGUGCAGCCAGGGCUGGGAAUACAACACUAGCAUCGUCUGGUCCUCCAUAGUGAUUGAUUUCGAUUUAGUUUGCGAUCAGGAUAUAUAUCCCACUAUUGGCUUGGCGGCUCUGAAUACUGGCGGACCUGUGGGGGUUUAUCUAUUUGGCUUGCUGAACGAUCGGGCUGGGAGGAGGCUUUCCUACUUCACCUGCCUGGCCACCUUGCUGGCCGGAAGCUUGAUGACUUCGCUGAGCAAGGAUUUCUGGACCUGGGCAGGAAGCCGGGUCAUUGUGGGUCUCACCAUACCAGCUGUCUAUCAGAUACCCUUUAUUAUUUCUCUCGAACUGGUUGGAGAAAACUAUCGUUCCUUUGUGACCGUGAUGACCUGCACCUUUUACACUUCUGGCAUCAUGUUGCUCUCAGUGGUCACAUAUCUGGAACGAGAUUGGGUGCGUCUCUCGUACAUCACCUCCCUGCCAUUCUAUGCCUAUUUCCUGUACAUGUUCGUAAUGCCAGAGUCCCCGAGGUGGCUUCUGAUGCGCGGACGCCUCGAGGAGGCUCUCAAAAUUUUGGAGCGUAUGGCCACGGUGAAUGGCCGACAGUUUCCCGAGGCAGUGCAUCUCAAGCUGGAGGCUCAAAUCCGAAGGGAUAAGCUCAAAAAGCAGAAGAAAAAAGUGGCCAACGUGGGUCUCAUGGAUCUCUGUCGCACGCCCAACAUGCGACUAAAGACUAUACUGAUUACUCUGAGCUGGUUCGCCAAUGAGACGGUCUAUCUGGGACUGAGUUACUAUGGCCCUUCCCUAGGAACCAAUCAGUAUGUGAGCUUCUUCCUGUCCGCCGUAGUGGAGCUACCAAGCUACCUGUGCUGCUGGUACUUUAUGGACACCUGGGGAAGGCGAUGGCCUUUGAGCUUGUCCAUGAUUUUGGGGGGCGUGGCUUGUGUUAUAACCGUAAUGCUACCCGAUGACGCCGUGGAUGAGACCCUGGUUCUAUAUCUCAUAUCCAAAGCCCUCCUGUCCGCUUCGUUCCUGAUUAUUUAUCCCUUCGCCGGAGAACUGUAUCCCACUCAAGUGCGUGGCAUUGGAAUUGGAGCUUCCAGUUAUAUUGGAGGCUUGGGCCUGAUCGUCAUACCCUUUGUGACCUAUUUGGGCAAGGAGAACCUGAAACUCCCUUUGGUUAUUAUGGGCUUUGUUUCGAUGCUGGGCGGGAUGACGGGCUUACGAUUGCCGGAGACACUGCAUCAUCGUCUGCCACAAACCAUCGAGGAGGGCGAAGAGUUUGGAAAAAAUUGGCAAUUCAAGGAUUGCUGCAGUUGUGCUAAAAAGCCGGAUGUUAUGUCGCAACCGCCUUCCUAUGAAAACCUAGAUGUCCUGGCUGGGUCAUCCAAUACUGCCUCCGAGGUGGAACUGGAGCUGAGGGACAGUCGAAGGGUCAGGGAUCCUGCUCCUCGGAUCGAUGAACGCACACCACUGGAUACGUCGUCCGGCAGUGGUGUUCGGCCCGUUCAUCGUCCAUCCAUGAAGAGAUUAGUGCGCCAGAUGAGCAUCAUGGAUACCCAGAGGACUCAUGACGGCACCAUGCAGUUGACCCAUUGGAUUUAAACAGGAAUUAUAGAUAAAUAAUUAUCCUUUAUGAUUAUCAAGCACUAUUUUUUCAUUUAAAUAACUAAGUUCUGUCCUAGUUAAUUAAUCUUAAAUGCACAAUGUAAGCAAUUACAAUUAAAUGUGUAUAAA